UGGUAGUUACUAUUCCAUAGCUAGCAUGACAUUUCAUCAUGUGUUUCAGCUAUUAACAUAAAAGGGCCACUUUGAUGUAACAGCAGGCCAUUGCCUGCCCAGACUGAUAGAAGAAGGAUUAUGAUAAAUAUCAUGGCAUGCUAUAAAUUGGAGAGAAAAUUGAAGAAUUGAAGGAUUUUGAUCAAUAUCAUGAACAUUUAAUUGUGUAGCACAAUACACACGCCAAUAUGCCCAAGAAGAAGACCGGUCAAAGGAAGAAGGCGGAAAAACAGCGGGAGAGACAAAAGCAGAUUGGCGCCAACAAAGCCAACAGAAGCCUGAUAGACCAGCCAUGCAACGGGGUGAUGGAGUGCGACAAAUGCCAAAAGAAGCAGAAAAACCGGGCGUUCUGCUACUUCUGCCAGUCGGUGCAGCGGCUGCCGAUGUGUGCCGAGUGCGGCAAGGUCAAGUGCAUGCUGAAGGCGGGCGACUGCGUCAUCAAGCACGCCGGCGUCUUCACAACGGGCAUGGCCAUGGUGGGCGCCAUCUGCGACUUCUGCGAGGCCUGGGUGUGCCACGGCCGUAAGUGCCUGCAGGCGCACGCGUGCGGCUGCCCGCUGCGCGAGGCGCUCUGCACAGAGUGUCGCCGCGACGUCUGGGACCACGGCGGCCGCCUGUACCUGUGCUCAUUUUGCAACAAUUACCUGUGCGAGGACGACCAGUUUGAGCAUCAAGCGUCGUGUCAGAUCCUCGAGUCGGAGACGUAUAAAUGCCAAUCUUGCAACAAGCUGGGCCAGCACUCGUGCCUGCGCUGCAAGGUCUGCUUCUGUGACGACCACGUGCGCCGGAAAGGCGUCAAGUACGAGAAGAACGCGCCCGUGCCCUGUCCCAAAUGCAGCUACCCGACCUCAGAGACCAAGGAUCUGUCCAUGUCGACUCGCAGCCACAAGUUCGGCCGCGGCGGCAGCGGUCGCGAAGACUGGGGCACGCGCUCGUACGGCGCUCACGACGACGACGACGACGAGGGUGGCGGCGGCGCGAGCGGGUACGCCGCCUGGGCAGCGGCGGCGGCCGGCGGCGGCGGUAGCGGAUACGGCGGAGCGUACUCCGCCUCCGGCUACGUGUUCAGCGGGGCCAUCGACGAAGACGACGACGACGAUGACUACGACCCCGACGACGACGAGGAUGAUGACUCGGAGGACAGCGACGCCAGCCAAGAGCCGAAGAAGGGAUGACACCCGGCGCGGGACUAGGGUCGGACGCGGAAGAACCCUUGCACCAGCGUUGCCUCAGUUUGUACUCUGGUCUGUGCAAUCUGUGAUGCUUCCAUCGGGACCCUUAGAACAGUUCAUAUGACCGGUGAUAAUAUAUUUCAUACACAACCACUGUGUACACGGGGCUCGACUCGCGAGCGUUCCUCGGAUCGCUGGAAUGUCAAGUGAGGUACAAAACCGCGACGGCACAUGAGCCCAGCUCAAAACAAAAUCGCAAGCUCAGGCGCACGGCGAGGUUCCGCAAUGAACAGCCGGCCAGCGCUGACACGGGCAUGAGUCAAUCGAGCGCGUCCUGCAGGAAGGCGUCCUGCCCGAGCGAGGCUAGGCCGGCGCCGGGCGCCUCCGACAGCCAGUCGAGCGCCUGCUGUAUCACGCUGUCCCCCGCCACGUCGCCGGCGUCCGAGCCGGGCGCCACGGUCCAGUCGGCCUGCUGAACC